CUUAAAAAAACGUUUUCACCCAUCUCACAUUAUCUAUUCACAAACUUUUUUGAGCCAUUACACAUAUUUUAUAUUAGAACAAUUGCAUGGUACACAACCAAACAAAAAUGUCACAAAAGGUACAUACAGUAUAUUGAAAUAAUGAUGAUUUUGGUCUGGUUGCUUACUCAAUGUGAAAUCUGGGCCUUUUUAAUUGACCACAAAGCUGUCAUUCUGUUGUAUGAAUGGCAACAGGUCAAUACACAGGUUUUCUGGUACCUUCUGCCAUCUCGUAGAGCAAGAGUCAUUCACUGCCAUUGACGGCUGUUGAAUUCAAAUAUCCAUGUUAUCAUGGUGGACUGGGAGUGAAAUUAAUUGUUACUAUAUGUUACUGACAUAAAGAGAAAUGAACAAGAUGGUGCAUUAGUAAAGAAAAAAAAGAUUGUGAAAAUGAAAUAAGGGGUGAAAAAAUUGAAACAGGAUAAUUGGAGACUCUAAAUUGCCCAUAGGCGUGAAUGUGAGUGUGAAUGGUUGUUUGUUUGUAUGUGCCCUGCGAUUGGCUGGCAACCAGUUCAGAGUGUACCCCGCCUCCUGCCCGAUGAUAGCUGGGAUAGGCUCCAGCCCGACCCUAGUGAGGACAAGCGGCUCAGAAAAUGGAUGGAUGGAUGGAUAAUUUCCCGUGGCACAUUAGUGAUGGGAAAUCACUCUUUUCUUGUAAACUGAUCCAUUUAUGUGAGAUGGUGAUGAUAUUGGCCUCCUAAAAGAGAGGUGUACCAUGUCGCUUCAUUUUUAAUGUGGUGGAAAAGUAAGGUUUCCCAGGUAAGAAACGCAAAAUGAUGGCACCAUAAUUAGAUGUGAGGCACAAGCAAAUUGGAAGAUGUACUCUAUAUAUAGCUUUGAUCUCCAUUUUGGAUUUAUAACUAAGGUUAAUGGUGUGGUUUUUUUUUUUAACUUCGCCAGUUCUCAGACAUCAUCAAAUGUAGAGAAUAAGAUUAUCUGACAAUUGACAAAAUCGGCCGGACCGCCCCGCUGGCAACUCCAGCCUUCUCAUUGGUCGAACUGCACAUGACGACAUCCGUAAGAUACCUGUGAUUGGCUCACUCGGCAGUCGCUCAAAACAAAUUCCCCUUGACAACCGAAGCAACCCGGGUAGCAGAUGCCUCAGAGUCAAUGUCACCAUCCGUCGGAAAAGAUGACUGUCCGAGGAAUUCGCUGGAGCUUUACCCAACAGCUACAUUAAGCUUCUUCGCCCGCGCAUCAAAGGCUACGACUGACAGUCGUCCACAGACUCAUCUUGAGAUUCAACAAGAUUAUAUAAUGCUGCAAAAUUCAAAGGAAAAAGUGCUGCUCACCAAUUUGAUUUUCAUCGUUUUUGUGGAUUCAACAUGCAGUUAAAUCUGAGAAGAGUGCUCGUUUUUUGAAAGACAUGACAUUUGGAGUAGACACUGACAUGAUUCAACUGCUAAUGGAUCAUAUAGCUUAAGUUGCCAUGAGCUAAGCCCCACCUCCCACCUCCCUGGGAGUCCCCUUGGCAGGAUGACUGCUGUCUUCCCCUCGGAGAGCAACCCAGAGGGGGCCCAAGCAGGGGCCGGGGCCGCGGGAGCAACGGGGAACAGCUCAGUUUCCGGGGUGGACACCGGGGAGUCCAAUGAAGACUCUGCGGGAGGUUCUGUUGGAGGCACGGCGGUCGCAGCCCACAACCAGAGGUACACGCGCUGCACCACCCAGGACAGCUCCGACAUCAACACAGAUGACGAAGGAGCGACCGUCCGCCGCCUUACCCCGCUGGAGAGACUCAACCUGGAUAUGUGCCAAGAUGAGAGAGUGGUCCGUGAACUUACAGUGGGCAGAAGAAUCAGCUUCUACAAAAUUCGAGGGGAGAUCGGCUGUGGAAAUUUUUCCCAUGUCAAGUUGGGAAUACAUGCACUCACCAAAGACAAAGUGGCCAUCAAGAUCCUUGACAAAACCAAGCUGGAUCAAAAGACCCAGCGUCUGCUGUCCAGAGAAAUCUCCAGCAUGGAGAAACUACAUCACCCUAACAUCAUACGCCUCUAUGAGGUGGUGGAGACGUUGUCACGGUUACACCUAGUGUUGGAGUACGCCGGUGGAGGGGAGCUCUACAGCAAAAUCACCAUAGAGGGGAAACUUUCUGACGGUGACAGCAAAAUUGUCUUUGCUCAGAUCCUGUCUGCUGUAAAACACAUGCAUGAAAACAACAUAAUUCACCGUGAUCUGAAGGCAGAAAAUGUAUUCUACACCAGCAGUUCUUGCGUUAAAGUGGGUGACUUUGGCUUCAGCACGUUGAGCAGUCGUGACGAAACGCUCAACACGUUCUGCGGCUCCCCGCCUUACGCUGCCCCUGAGCUCUUCCGGGAUGAAAACUACGUGGGCGUCUUUGUGGACAUCUGGGCUCUGGGAGUAAUGCUGUUCUUUAUGGUGACAGGCACCAUGCCGUUCAGGGCGGAUACUGUAGCUAAACUGAAGAGAUGCAUCCUAGAAGGUGCUUUCACGCUGCCCUCCUGGAUGCCGGACGCAUGCCAGAACCUGAUCCGGGCGAUCCUCCAACCCUUACCGGUUGACCGCUGCUCCAUAGAACAAAUGACGGCCAGUGACUGGCUGCAUCAUGUUGACUUCCCGCGACCCAUGGAGCCCUUCAAGCUGGAGCCAUCUCACCUGGCCGAGAAUGAUCCAUCUGAGCUGGGGGUCGAGGAGACAGAGGUAGCGACAGCACUAGGGACACUUGGCAUCACCUCAGAACACAUCCUGAACAACCAGGGAAAGGACUGCAGGAGUUCAAUCACAGGAGUGUAUAGAAUCCUCCUGCAUGGCACUCACAAGAGACGCGCUGUAGAGCGCAUACCAACGGUCACGCAGGUACCUGGCCCAAAAGCGACUAAAAAGGAGCGUCUAAAGGUGUACCGCAGUUUACAGCAUACAUCUAAACUCUGUGUUAUACUGUGACACAAUGCUCUAGUCGAUGCUAGAUAUAAUUUUAUACAACAGUACUCUAUAUUAGAUAAGACUGAAUUUUGGUAUUAAAAAAGUAACUAUGUGCAACAGUAGGCCAAUCCAUUCAAAUCAUGGUAGACUACCCCAUUUAGAAAAUGAAAUCUGGGAUUUCUUAUUUUCAUAUUCAUUUAGUGAGUGAAAUUAGUCUCUGUGAGAAUGUUGUUGAAUUGUCUCAUCUUUUGACAGAGACUUGUCCUAAUCCAUGAGAAAAAAAUAUUAAGUGUGGUUUCCUAAAAGACAUUUUGGCUGAAUGAACAUAGCUGACACUUGAAUUUUGGCAUGAUGUAGCACAAAACAUCCUAAAAUAAUAAUAAUGCAUGUACAUACAUGUGUUGUCUUCAGGAUAAGCUUUCCAUUCGCAAUGUCAUAAGAGAUGCUUCGUUGCCAUUUUGCCUGAUGUAUCUCAAUGAGAUGUUCCUCAGGUUCUUGUCCUGUCUGGAAAAGCCAAUAAAUGACUUGUAAUUUG